UCUGAUGACGUCGUUUGCGCUGCGACCCCGUGAAUGUAGCAUGUAGCAUCAGUUCCAAGCGACUUUUCUGGAUCUUGCUACUGCUGGUUACGAGAAUAAAACAACAAUGCACGGUUUAUUGACGACCCUAUGACAAUGUGACAGUCAGCCAGCCAGCCGUGUCUCGGUGGUGUUGUGGAGCAGCGGAGCGGUGCAUGACCCGGCCGAAGGAGGUGGAGGAGGGCAGGCGGAGGGUCUGACCUCUUGAGUCGGCGGCUUGUCGGUGUCCGGGAUGGAGACCUGGACCCCCAAUCCCCGAGCCAAGCCUUUCAUCCCCCGCCAACAAAGAAGCUUGUACCUCACCUGGAAAUACAAACUAACCAACAAGAGGACGCUUCGUCGGUUCUGUCAGGCUGGCGCUGUUCUGUUUCUGCUGAUAACUGUCAUAGUCAACAUUAAACUCAUCUUGGACACAAGAAGAGUAGCUAAUGAAGAUGCAGCUGCACAAGAGUAUGAGGACACAAUCCCCAACAUGGAGACACCACGCAGGCCGGCUAAGGGACGCAAGGUCCUGGACAUUGAGGUCUACUCCAGCCGCUCCAAGGUCUACAUGGCAGUGGACGGCACCACUGUGCUGGAGGAUGAUAUGCGGGAGCAGGGCAGAGGCAUCCAUGUGCUAGUCCUCAACCAGGCAACUGGUCAUGUGAUGGCCAAAAGGAUAUUUGACACCUACUCUCCUCACGAGGAUGAAGCCAUGAUCCUCUUCCUCAACAUGGUGACCCGGGGCCGAGUCCUCAUCUUCACCAUAAAGGACGAGGGCACGUUCCACCUGAAGGAUGCGGCUAAGAACCUGCUGAAGAGUCUGGGCAGCCAGGUGUCCCUCAACCUCAGCUGGAGGGACAUGUGGACUCUGGUGGUGAAGAAAGGAGGUCAGGUGUAUGGAGAGAAGCACUCCAAGUCUCCAGCUCUGUCCACCUGGGGAGACCCGGUGCUGCUGAAGACCGAGGUGCAGCUCACCGCCUCUGAAGAGGCAGAGUGCCACUGGACAGACACCGAACUGAACAGGAGGAGGAAGCUCUUUUGCAGCAAAGUGGAAGGAUACGGCAGCAUCUGCAGCUGCAAAGACCCGGCGCCCAUCGAGUUCAACCCUGACCCUCUGCCCAACAAUAACGUCUUCAAUGUCCCAGUGGCUGUCAUAGCAGGAAACAGACCCAACUACCUCUACAGAAUGCUGAGGUCGCUUCUUUCAGCGCACGGCGUCAACCCGCAGGUCAUCACCGUCUUCAUCGACGGAUAUUACGAGGAGCCGAUGGAUGUCGUUGAGCUGUUUGGACUGAAGGGAGUUCAGCACACACCCAUCAGCAUCAAGAAUGCCAGAGUGUCCCAGCACUACAAGGCGAGUCUGACUGCAACCUUCAACCUUCACCCAGAGGCCAACUAUGCCAUCGUCCUAGAAGAAGACCUAGACCUCUCCAUCGACUUCUUCAGCUUCCUGAGUCAGACCGUCCACCUGUUGGAUGAGGAUGACAGCCUGUACUGUAUCUCAGCCUGGAACGACCAGGGCUAUGAGCACACAGCGGAGGACCCGGCCCUGCUGUACAGAGUGGAGAGCAUGCCCGGCCUGGGCUGGGUACUGAAGAAGAGCCUCUACAAGGACGAACUGGAGCCAAAGUGGCCAACACCUGAAAAGCUGUGGGACUGGGACAUGUGGAUGCGAAUGCCGGAGCAGAGGAAAGGCCGAGAGUGCAUCAUCCCCGAUGUGUCCCGCUCGUACCACUUUGGUAUCAUCGGCCUAAACAUGAACGGAUAUUUCCAUGAGGUAUACUUCAAGAAACACAAGUUCAACACUGUUCCCAAUGUGCAGCUGAAGAACGUCGACGGCUUAAAGAGAGAUGCUUAUGAAGUGGAGAUCCAAAGCCUGCUGAAGGAAGCGGAGGUGCUGGACCACACUAAGAACCCGUGUGAGGACUCGUUCCUGCCAGACUCGGAGGGGAAGACCUACGUCAUGUUCAUAAAGAUGGAGACCGAGGUGGACACAUCCACCUGGACGGAGCUCGCAAAGUGCCUCCAUGUUUGGGACCUGGAUGUUCGGGGAUACCACAGAGGAAUGUGGCGGCUCUUCAGAAAAAGGAAUCAUUUCCUGGUGGUCGCCGUGCCAAUCUCCCCAUACUCUGUGAAGAAACCCGCCGGCGUCACUCCCAUUCACUUAGAGCCUCCGCCCAAAGAAGAGGGAGCACCGGUGGAGCAGAUGUAGACACACACACACACACACACACACACACACACACACACACACACACACACACACACACACACACACACACACACACACACACACACCUCGACCAGCCCAGGCCUUAACUCUUCUCCUCUCUCCACCAACAACCACUGAUCAUCCAGCCGGGGGACCCACAACUACAAAACUGUAUUUUUUCCUAGAGGUUGAACUUGUGUACCAGAGGAUACCUGGGAAAUGGAGUCCCCAUUUUGUUUCUUUCUUAUAUUGAAAUGAAAGGGGGCAUUAACACUACAAACUGCACUACGAUAUCCGUCCAACAGCUGGAGGAGGAACAACGAUGCUAAAAGAAGUUUUGGUUGAAGGUGACUGAACGACCGAAACAGACUGUCAACAGCUUUUUUUUUUUUUUUUUCCGUGACAACUGUGGGCUGAUCCGCGGUUUGGUGAAUAUCGAUUCAAGCUACGGUACAAAUGACACAAAGACACACUCGCCAGAAUUUAGCCCGUUUUCUUCCUUUCGUUUGUUGUUUUUUAACUACUGAGUGCUAUGUUCAUUUUGUACUUAUGUUUUAACUUAUCUAUUUAUUUUACAUCUAUCAAUCCUAAAGGAGUUUCAUCGUUUGUUUGCAUUUUAUCAUUUUAGAAAUCCACUUUUAUCAAGAUCGGUGCAUUUUUUUAAGAGCCUAACAUUUACAGAUGAUGAAAUAAUGUAUAUACAUGCCUAAUAUAUUUUUUUGAUGAAAAAUGUAAAGGGUUCGCAUAUUUUUCAGCGUUUAGAUAUUGAGUUGAUAACAGCCCUGUGGGUUUUGACUAUUGUUGACUGCUUGAGUCAGUUGCCUCGGAUCAGCUUUCAUGAGGGGAAACUCGAUGGUGGCUGAAAGAGAGAAACGUGAGAAAAUAUUCCCCGAUUCAACAUCCUCUUCUAUUAAAAACCCUCAUACAGUACGCCUGCUCUUACAGCGAUGCUUUAACCCUCCUGUUGUCUUCCUGUCGAUCAUUAACUAGUUGAUUUUUGUUUUGUGCUUUUUCCAACA